UGCGUCAUGUAAAACUAAGUGUAGUGUCCUGCUCAACGGAAAAUAUAAUUUGAAGACAAAAUGGCGCCCAAAACCUACGCUUGAGUUUGCACCUUUACUUCUCUUAUUGCAGUUUUUGAUAUGGGAAAAUAACUAUACUGUGUUCUUAUCUUUAAACGGAAUUAAGUUGCCCUCACCACGUGUAGACUAAAAACGGUUGUUGGUCUUUUUCUUUUCAUUUUUUGAUGAAUUUUGAUGGAAGCGUCAACCAAUGAUUUUUGAUGGUAGCUAGCCAAUACGUCUUGUAUUGAUAUUGGUACAUCUUCUGGCGUCAAAAUGUGCAAGACUUUGAAAACUUAAAGGCGAGGCAAAAGAAGAGCCACUGUCAUUCCAUCUGAGAAUCAGCUGAGUUUCCGCAUGGCGACAGGUAAGUAGUAGUUUUUGGUAACUUGAACUCUAGGGAAACGAAAAACAGUUCGAGUUAGCGGGGAAUUCGAGUUAUCGGGGUAAAUUUCAGUGAAAUUUUGAUCAAGGGAAAAGAAAUUUAGUUCGAUUUUAUAGCGGGGAAUUCGAGUUAUCCGAGUUCGAGUUAUCGAGGUUCUACGUAUUUUUGGAACUGUUGAUCCGGAACUAAGCUUAUCUUUUAAGCUAAAUUAGUGUUCUCUGUCAACAACGUUAUUCUAACAUACACGUGCAUCUAAUCUGUUAAACAUAUGGGCUGCCAUAAAAGUUGAACUCAAGUCGACAUAUGGAUGUCUCAUAACGAAGUUACAUGAGCAUGAUUGUCCGGGUGAAUGUAGUCCUGAAUAGGUCGAAUAGGACUGUUGUUGAUCAUGAUAAUGACUGACGUUUUGACAACCCAUGCGGUAGACUUCUUCAGAGUCAAAGUGAGUGGUGUCAUGUCAGUGGAUGAUUUUUAACUCUGGUUAUUGACCUGAUUGGUCAAUUAAGUGGCCAUUUGGUUGGUCAUCUGUGAGUUAAUAGGGAGUUUAAGUUACGGAGACUUCAGACUACGAACUACAGCUGGACGAGUGUUGUCCUUUGUUUGUAGCACUGGGUUGAGUCGUGCAAAUAUAGACAUUAAGAUUGCAUUACAGACAGUAGACUACGAGAGAAGAGGCGGAGAGGGAAACAACUCGCAAAGAUUUUCUUGUUUUCAUCACAGUUCACAGAAAUGCAAGUCAAUUUUGCAUGAGAUCUCAUCUUAAGAACAAUGAACAAAUUCUUCCAUACUUGAAGGAAGCAAUUACGUCGGGUGAAAUUGGUGAACAAAAUUUUAGUUACACAGGUUUUAUUUUUUUCGCCCAUGAAUACUUAUGUCAAAUAUUAAAGAAAUAGACAGAAAUAGUAAUAGCUCAUUUAUUAGAUUUAGAAGAUGGACUUCUCCGACUACUGAUCUGAUGUAGUAUGAAGUAUUGAAAUGCCGAGUUUCGAUUGUCUCGAAGAUGUUUACAUCAUUUUCAUUCAGCCAAAGCAUUACAAAAACUCGCAUAAACAAAAGUUACACAAGUAGAAAGACACACUAAUCAGUUCGAACAAACAGUGAAACUUUUCAAGUGCAAAGAGAAAGUAAAUUACCUGCAUGAUUUCUCUUUUCCUCAGCCAUCAAUCUGAAUUCUAAGCUUUAGCUAGAUAAAAAUGUAGUCACAACAGUGGAUUAAAAGUGUAAAUCUGAGCAGAAAUUAGACACAACUUACAUAUUUUGCUUCCCUCUCACUUAAAGCAGGUGAAUUGAAAACUUUUUUAGGAAAAGACGAGAUUCUUGAAUUACCAAGACAGCAAAAUAUGACCAAAAUGUUCUCCGUAGUCCUGACUGCGCGAAACAGCUCAACAACUCACCGUAGCUGCAGGACUACAUGGGAAAAAUGAACAGUCACGUGGUUUUGAUCGUGCGUAGUAGCAUGUUUAACCGUAGUUAUAGUCCGUAGUCGCCGUAUCUUAAACUCCCUAAUAGUGAUGUUAUUGGCUACGAAGACUCUAAAUGUCAUUUGUGCGUUUCGAUCAAUCCAUUGUCAGAGUUUAAAAGUUAUUUAUUGUUUGUCAAAUUGUUAAUUGUGCAGUCAUUCUCUCACAGUUAGUUUUGCUUGAGUCAGUCAAUAAGUCGUCUGUACGGAUGUCUGUAAUUAAUGCCCACUCUGAUUGCAUGAUCCAAUGAAUACCAUAUCAUUCUCAUUAGUAGCUCCACAUUUUCUUUUUUUCAUAUUAGAUGAUACACCAGGGUCUGGUAAGAAGAAGAAACACAGGAGGGCAAAAUCUAACUUAGAGUCCCAGGUUUGUUGUUAGAGAAUCAAUUAUGCCACAAGGAAAGUUGGUCAUACAUGUACAGUGUUGUCGUGAGAGUAGACCAAUCAUAAAUUAUUAUUUUUUAGAAAUGUUAUGUAUGAGAUAGCCAUAUGGUAGACUAAUUUCUAGUUGUUACUUUUCUAUGGCCACCACGGUUGACAACAAACAGAAAUAUGCUUUUGUCACAGGCUUUCUAUAAACAUCCCUCAUUGCAAAAAUGAAUGAUUGUAAGGCUGGCAAUAAUCAAGGCCCUAAUUCUCCAGGCCUUUGAUUACAACUUGGACUCACAAAAUGUGCAAGCUAGUCAUUAGAGGCACAGUCUGUUGAGUGGGAGGUCACAGGUUUGAUCUCAUGGGCUGCACUAGUGCUCGGCCCAGACUUGUUUUAAUUUAGUUUUAAUUCAGUUUAAUCUGUUUUUACUGCAAUCCCUGUAAUAAAGAUACAGACACAAGGGGAAGGACUAGAAGGAAACCGAAGAACCAUACAGGCUUGUCCAGCCAAUUUGAAAUUAGAUCACAUGAGCAAAUAGAAAUUGCAGUCUUAUGUACAGCAAGGAGUGUGUCACAGUGCCCUUUCUACUAUUUUGUGCUAAAUACAUUUGACACUUAAAAAAAAAGCAGUGUUUUAUGUUCAUUCCUUUAAUUUUUGAUACCCCAUUGUAAGGGAUAAAACCUGUUAACUUGCUCAUAUUAAUUUUUUGUGAGCCAAAUAAAAGACUUCAGCAUUGUAGCCACAAUGAAAUAAUUGUAUUCACCAGUUAGGGAUCUUUCUGAAUUACCUGUUAGUAAUUGUAAUCAAAAUUGUUCAUUUUAGGUCGAAGUAUCAGGAUCAACUGAUCAGUGUAAGUCAUAACCCUUAGUUAUUUGGAAUGAGUUACUAAUGUGUUCUUCGCGGUGCAAUUUAAAUCCCCUUGUAAAGAUUUAGAUAAAUUAUGACCAAUUUACAACUUGAACCUGAUAACUGUAUCUGAAAGAAAGUUUACAUUUAACUUUGGUUUAUAAAAGAAUUAGUGAUAAAUGUUUUACUUUUCUAUAGUGUUAUCAGCAGAGAGCUCUAGAGUGUUAAAGGCACGUCAACAGACUCAAGCCAGGUUUGAGUCAUUUCUUCAGGAUGCUGUUGCUGAUAACAGGUGCAAUUGAACACCUUCUAUAAUAAUCAUAUAUUCUUAAUCCAAUAACAAUAACAAAGUUAUUAGGAUGAAAAUGUGCAGAUGUACAAAAUACAGUAAUAAUUUGAGUCUCAAUUUCAGUAGAAAUGCUCUAUGGUAAUACACACCGUGUAUAUAAUGUAGGUGCUAUUACUAGAUUGAAUGGGUAGAAUUUAUAAACCUUUGGCUACAACACUUACACGUUUAGUAAAAAAGGUGAAAUUUGGAAAAGUCAAAUAAGUAGUUUAAAAAAAUACGCAGGUUGUGAUCCGGUCCGAUCGAGGAAAUGAAUGAAUAUAUGGAAAAGUACUAAAAGUACACACAAAAAAAAAACUAGAGUAAAAUUAUUGGUAUCAGACGUUUUAAAUUGGUGUCUAAAGAUAACAACGGCCGAUUUGCGUAAAUUACGUUUCAAAGGACUUAGCUCCUUCUAGGGAGGGGCUAUGCACCUCCCUCUACUACCCCCCUGCUCCUCAGGAAAGUGCUUCUCUUGAGCAUAUUUUUUGCCUCACUGGCCAUGAAUGGUCCCUUACCUUCUGAGCUAAAAUUUUGGGAGAACACUGACUUUGCAAAAUGUCAAUUUUGCAGUUUGCAAGAAGCCAGAAGGAAAAAGAAAAAGAAGAGGACCCACACAAGUGAUGCAGUGGUAAGCAUCUUUAAUUUGAGUAACAGUUGGAAUGUGACCUUAUUCAGGGCACACCAAAUUGAUUAUAUGGAUUGUGUUUUUUUUUUUUUUAGCUUGAAACCAUUAAGUCUGGAAGUCCAAUAGCUAAGCCCACAUCACAAUCGGAAGAAAAUCUUCUUCAAGCAAACUUAUACAAAGGAGGUGAGUACAUGCACUUAUCUCAGGUGAAGAUUUCUAAUACAUCAAGAGACAGGGCUACUGAUAUUACAUUUUUAAAGUAAUGGAAUUUAAUAGUUUGAACCUGGUAUACCAUCUUCUGCACCAUCCUGCUCCCAUAUCGUACCAAUAUUCAUCAUCUACAUGUCAGCCAAUUCCUCAUUAGCCUGCAUAACCGGCAUUAUUUUUUCGCCUUUUUUAAGCAAGAGAAGGCAAGCUCAAAGCGAGCAAGGGUGCAAGACAAUGGCACAACAGCCGGCUUGUGCUCAACCUAGUUUGUGUUUUGCUCACCCAAAAAACACAAAAAAUGGUGCCUGUUCUGCAGGCUAUUUCCUUUUAGUGAAAUCCAACUAGUGGUCUAUUAUCAAUGCUGCGUUCUGAUUGGUUGAGCUGCUACUAGGCUAUAUGUUAUAACCCACUAGUAACCACAAACAACAACAACAAUAGAUUCCUAGCUAAAAGUCCCGGCUUUGAAAACCAAAACGAUGGCGGCUGAAUCGCAUUUAAUUUUGCUAGCUAAAGUUGUUUUGUCUCAAUAUUUUUGACCAACUAGUUGGAUUUUACUAAAACAAUAAUUGUUAUUAGUUAUUAUUCCUCUCACCCUCAUGGCCUCUGAGUCAAUUCAGCCUCAUGAGCUAUUGACUCAGAGCCCAUUCGGGCUGUAUUCUUACAGUCAGCUCUGGUAUGGGAUUUAAGGCUGACUACCAUAAUUUUUAUUUUCUACUGGGAAUACAUGUAGAGUCUAGAUUCUCAGCUUGUUCAUGAAAGUACUCACAGAAGCUAAGAUAUUGAUGCUAAUCAAUGGUCUCUUUACUUUAACUUAAAGAUGAUCCUGCACAAGAGGGAAAAGAAAACAAGAAAUCUUACAGAGAGCUUUUGGAAGGUUCCUCAGCUGAUCCAGCUGGUCUUGACAAUAAGCAGGCAACUCCUAAAAGAUCCAAGCACAAAAAGACCAGAACCUUAACCAGGUAAAACAAUACAACAAACAUGUAAUUAGUCAAAGACCUGAGCAGUGCUGUUCUGACUAGUAGCACCAGUGGUAUAGGCCCAUGACAAAUUGUACUCAUCUAGACCUCAGGCAACUAAAAUCUUAUUUUUUACAGCUGGCACCAUCAGUUUCACACUUUGUUUGAUCAGAGCAGGGCUAAGAGUUGACAUAUUACUCUAGCAUUAUUAGUACACGGUAUAUUUAUUGUGCAUUGCACCAUUAGAAUGGUGUGAAGUUUGUUUGAACAUAAUUUAAAUUAUAAUAAUAUUCUCUUAUAGUUUAGUGAAAAGCAACUUAUUUGAUGUUGUGAAAAUUCUUCUAACCUAAGUAAGCAGUGCUACAGAGGGGUGGUAGAAUAUAAUUUAUGAUUAAUAACUAUAUACUUAUAUGUACAUUAUAUAAAAUAAUGUAAUUCACAAGUAUACUCUGAUGCUUGGUACAUGAAAAGUCAGCCCCACAAUUUAAUUUUACAUCAUCAGCACCAGUUUUAUUUUUUCCAAGUGAGCAAGAAACUCCAGGUGGAUCACAGGAAAAGCCUAGGAGAAGGAAAAAACCUAAAACUCCAGAGCCAAAAGUUGUUGGGGACAGUGCAAGAGAGAAUCUUGGAUUUCAAGAUGAUGCAGCCAUGGAAGGUGAUGGAGUAAGUACAUGCAAGCCUCUUUUUUGUCUCCUCUACAGAUCUGUCAGUUUGGUCUCUACACCUGUUUACCCUUUCCCUGCUAGCAGAGGCCUCUCUUCCCUGGUAUUCAGCAGGUCCCUUUUACUCCCGUCCAGGGCUGUCAAUAAGGGCUGGUAGCCAGCUACUUUCAUCUCCUUCUACCAUAACUGCUGACAAAAAAUUAGCACCAUCGAAUAAAAUUGUGAAGCAUCCAUGUUCCGGUUUUGAAUAACAUUGAACGCAUAUUUAAACACGUUUAGAUUUGUGAAACGUUCAAAGCGUGCAAUGUCCUGGAAUGCCUGUGACAUUUCGAUGGCAUUGUUCCCAGUGUUGCGAGUAUUGUGACGAAACAACAUAGCAUCCGUGGUAGAAGAUACCUUUUAAAAAACCCCAGAAAUGCCAAUUCUGAGACUCUAAAUUUCAUAAUGUUCCUAUAAGCCUAAGCCCUUAAGAACUAAUACCAGGGAGAAGAGGCCUCUGUCCGCAGGGAAGUUUACCCUUCCCAUCUCCCAAGUCUGCAAUCUAUUAAGGUGACUUGACCCAGUACUUUUGUAGGCAUACCUUCCACCUUUGGACUUCCUAUAAGUAACCAGCUUGGUCUUGGUGUUUCAAUCACCCUAUUUCAUUCUUCGUCUUUUGCUCUCUCUCAUCUGCUGACCUUCUCCUCGCUUAAGCCUUCCAAUUUUAUUUCCUGCUCAUCUCCCUAGGUCUCACUUUUCACCCAUGUUCUUCUAUCCUUGUCAUCUUCAUUUCACCUACUUAUUCUAUCCUCUUGAUACCAACUUUAUUUUGCGUUCUCUUUUCUUUCCACCCUUUGCCGUGAAUCUAUCACAAUUUAACCCUUCUUAUCCUACUGCCCUCUUACUUCAGAAUGUAACCAGCAGAGUUUUGAUGCCUUGCUUUGUGUAUUGUUCUUUCAGCCUGUUCAACCAUCUUCAACUACAUCCAAGAAAAAGGGUGGAAAAGCAAGAAGGAGACUUCAUGGUACAGUUUUUUUGUCACACCUUGCUUCAGUUCAGCUUAAAUAAAAAUUUCAAAUAGGCUCUUCCACAGUUUUUUUUUGUCUUUUUUUUAACUUUUGAUAAAGAGUAGUAAACGAAUAUCUAUCGACACUUCUGGAAAGAGGGCUUUGAAAUAUAAGGUAACUUAAAUGUACCAAAUUUAUGUCCAAUUUAUGUCCAAAGAAAGCGAAGAUAUCGCCCCUCGAAGUCGCAAAAUAUUGUGGACGUUUCUAUGGUGGGGGCACGAACCAUACAAACGUCUCUAAAAUUCUGCGACUUAGCGGAGCUCUACCUUCAUUAGUUUUCAACAAAUCACUUAAUUCAAACUUGGUCACGUUACUAAAUUUAAGGCGUUCUUUACAGACGUUAUGACGGAUUUUCGCUUAAAAAACCGUGCAAGGGUCUAUUGAGUAUUGACAUACAUUGUAUUCAAUUCUACUAAUGAUCCAUACUCUCCACUUAGAUCCUGAUGCAGACAGACCAAUAGAGGUUGUAAAGAAAAGAACAGAUGAUGGUUAUAUUCUCUCUGUUACUGUGCAUCGUGCUGACUACCUUAAGCCAGAUCUUUGUAUAUCGCAUCCGAUGGUGAGAGUUCACCUGGUGGAUAUGGACACGGGGCAGUAUGUGAAGAAAUCCGACAGGUAAAUAAGCGAGUUAUAUGAUUGAAAUUGACCCUCUGCAAAUCCUCUAGUAACCCAAGGAUUGAAUAAGUCCAGUAAACCAUCAGGACAAGUAGAUUCCCUUCCCUUCAAUAACCUUUCAAGCUCACAUGCUCAAUGGGCAAAACCCAGUCGUGCAGUGAGGGCAAAGAAAUGUGCAAAAAGCGUGAUCCAUGUGCAAAGUUGUAUUUUUCUUUGCUAAAGCUCCCUAUCAGCUGGGCAUGUGACCUCACCUAAGUGCACACUGUGUUCUUAAGUGCAUGUCCACAUUUUGAUUGUUAAUGUACUGAAUAUUCUUUGUUGUUCUGUUCAUUAUAGUGCUCGUAGCGUGACAUCUUACUAUGAAAAUGAAAUCGAAACUCCUGUUGAUUACAUCAUGCCUCUAAUGACUCAACCUUAUGAUUUCAAGAAAUACAAGUAAGUAAUGUAAUUAUUAUCAUUUUUCUAGCAUUCCACUUGUAGGGUUAUCCUGACUCAUGAAUCGGUAAUGCUAAAGAUAAGGUUAAUUUCGCACCCAGAAAUAAAGUUCUCCAAGGCCGGGUUGUUCAAAGCUGGAUUAAGAUAACCCAGGGUUAGUGCGAAAUUUCAAGUUCAGGUAUAAAAGCUUUAAAAGCAAAUUCAGUUUACUAAUUUUUAUCCGCAAUUUGUUCAUUGGAUGCUCCACAAAAUUACAAAUUAUUCGAGAAAAUGCGUUUGAACAAGGGAAAAAGAAACCCGGUUUAAAAUUUAACUCCGGGGUAGCGCCUAUCGGUCUUCGAACAACUGGGCCCAGAAUAGUAAAAUAAAGAGUAGCCUGAGAAAACACCCCCAUUUCGCGUUGCCACCACUCAGUCGGUUUCCCGCGAAAUGACGUCUUAGGAUCGAGAACAGAAAUUCUAUAGUGUUGAGGCGUCACUAACCAGUUCUGAGUAGUGCUUCUGAUUGGCUGAAGCAAAUUUUUCACGCGGUACACUGUGCGACCAAUCAGAAGCACUCCUCAGAUCCGGGUUUUGAUGCGUCAUCAGUAUGGAAUUUCUGGGCUCGUUUCUCAGACUUCAUUUCGUGGGAACACCAGUGGUGGCGUCGCGAAAUGUCGGCUGUUUUCCCAGGCUAGUCACUACCUUGAUCUAGAUAGUGCUUCAGAUUGGUUGAAAAUUUGCAUGAACCAAUGAGAAGCACUACCCAGAUCUGGGUAGUGACGCGUCAUCAGUAUGGAAUUUCUACGCUUGCCCCUCGACUGUUUUCUCAGAAUAAGUAAAGAGCGAAAUUCUUGCAUAAGCCCCGUGAGUUGACCUGUCCCUUUUUCGAUGUAUACAACUUGAUGGACAACUUUUUUCUAACGAAAUUAAGUUACAAAUAAAUUUGCAAAUGCUCUGAUCAAUGAGCCUUUCCAGCGGCAUUUUCUGUAUACUGAUGUACAUGUAUGUUGCGAUUUCGUUCAGAUCUUUGAUGCCAUCAUGGGAAGAAGUUCUUUUGUUCAAUGAGAUUUUCUCGUACUUUCUUAGUCGUGAAGAAACAGACCCCAAGGUCAUCAUGUUUUUUGAGGUAAAAAUUCUUUAAGCUUUAAUUGUGCCUCUUAUCACUUUGGUGUGCUUCUCAGAAGAAUGGAACCCUUCCUUCGUUUGCGCCCAGUUGGUUUUUGGUCCAAAAAUCACGGUAGAAACUUGUAUGAUCAAUAGAACGCACCAAAGCUAACAGCAGCUUUAAUGUGAUCACUAUCACUAGGACAUACAAAUAAUAUUGUACACGCAAAAUUAUAUUUUACUCAUUAUAGACCUACAUUUGAGACACUUACUUGAUUCCUUUGCCAUUGUCGAAGCUAAAGAUCAUAGUUUUAAAUUCAUGAAAUAGGGCGUGGGACUCCUAAUUGCCUGAGAGAAAUUUCACAGUUUCGCGGACGAAUAAAUAACUGCAAGAAAAAAGUUCAUAAGAAGUAUUUCGUCGUGGCUUAGGAGGGGGUAAGAUAUGCUUCAGUAAAAAUUUGCAGGUCAGAUAGGAAACAUGUCCUGGGGUAUUUUUUUAAAGAAGGCACUCUUGUAAAGUAAAUUAGCCUUAAAUAAAGUAGCUGGCUGUUAAACUUGUUUAAUUUGUCAUUUUCUGAAGGUGGUUGACUUUCUGAGCAUGACAGCUGCCAAUAGAAGAAAAGGUCCCUCAACAGUGGAUAAAGGCUGGUAUCAGGUGGCGUGGGCCUUUCUCAAAGUAAGUCUCAUGGUCCCAGGUAUAGCCCGGCAAACCGUUGGUGACUUGAGCGGCUUAAGGUGCUUAGGGCCUGCAUCAACGAUCAAAAUAUCGCGUGAAAAAUUUCUUUCUCUCACUAUACCUCCUUAUUUAAUCUGAAUUCUUAAAGCCAAUUUAACUGAGUACAAUCAAACCUUCAUGCGCGGCCACCGCUCGUAGGCUAUCACCUCCCUAUAAGCGUCCACCUAUCAAAAAUACCAAAAGUUUCACAGUGAAAUCACUGAAUUUGAAUGAUGAUUGAACAAUUUGCUAUUAUUUUUAUCCCCCCUGUAAGCGACCACUUCAGGCAUGGCUUGAUGACCCACUACACAGAGUGUUCGAAGAAUUCUCUUGUAAAAUGUAGAUUUGUUAGGAUCUCUUUUAUCGAGGGACCCCUGUGGUUCGAUUCGCGUAAGCGACCGCUAAAUCUUUGCAUUUGAGGCGGUCGCUUCUGAGAGGGUCGGCUGUGUGUUGAUUAUUGAUAAAGUAAUUUUAAAUGUCUGUUUAAGGUAAUCGGUGGAAAUGGCGCACCCAACACAGAGAAGAAAGUUCGUCUUCAGCUUUUUCAGCCUCCCAAGGCUUCGUUCAGAUCAAAUAACACGGUAGAAGUAAGUAGCAUGACCAGUUACACAAACAAGUCAUGUGUGGCAAGUUUUUAAUUCUGAUUGGCUGAGAUAGUUUCGCAAGGUUUUCCUUAAGUGUCGAAGCUCGACGUCAAAAGCAACAAUUGAACCAAUCAAAACCGAUGCUGCCGAUCGUAACAAAGAACUCAAGUGAACCUAUGCAACCCGCGGCAAAGCGCGGGAAAACACAUACACAUGUACGAGCCAAGUCAAGAGUGACAUGAUUUUAAUUUCGAUUGGCUGAUAAAAUGGCGGAAGAAUUUUUUAAUCUAUCACAAGGCUAGCAUUGUAUGGUGCUGUGCCUGUCGCAACUGGGUUUAAAGUAGAUACUCAUUUGCCAUCUUAGUGACGUCAAUAGAUAACGUACAAAUUAUUACGAGUCAAAGAGAGUUGUAUCAGCCUGUGGCCUGCGUAACAAGCGUCUCUGAUCGCGUUAUUGCGCGAAUUCUGCGGAUCCUUCUUUUUCGCUCCUUUUCCAUCUUCAUUGACAAACUCGCGCGGAAACGCUUGGUACGUUGGCCAGUAUUUGUGUAAACAUAUUGGUUUAUUUUAUUCGCUUUCCUAAAGAAACUUUAAUAUUUUAAAACUUGAUUUCAAGUAAAAACUCUAUGUUUACUGUAGCGUGUUGUUUGCUUGCACAUAGGUGUAUCAAUGGUGGAAGCAAGCCAGGCGUGUACCAUAUCCUUCUACCCUCUAUGUGACGCUAAAAGGAGUUCAACCUCCAAAGACCAUUGACCCUAGUCUCAGAUCCAUGUUCGCCAUCCAACAGGUCUGUUUCUAGCUUAUUUUAUAACACAGCGUUGUUUACUAGUCUCAUUGGAAUCAGUUUCCUGCCCCAAAGUAAGAGCUAUUCUAGACCAAAAUGCUACGCACACUAAACAGUCUAGACCUUUCGUUCUUGAAAAAGGGACAGGGGAUACAAGUCAACAAGAACGCCUCGCCUUUCGUAAGCACGCGAGUUCCUGAGCGGCGUUUAUCCCUUGAACCUAGAAACAGAUCCUUUUAAAAGACAACUGUUUCGGAAAAAACUUCUUUGUAUCGUGAAAAAGAGUGUUGAAAACAACCGGCGUGUAUUAAGGACAGUGAAAGGUUACAUUUAGUUAAGAAAUCAACGUAGCUAGUGAUUCAGUAAAUAUGAAAUUCACAAGUGUCCCAACUGAUUCACUCACUUUAUAGACAGGUUCAAGUAUUCUUACUAAUCACAAUCGUCGCAGUCAUAAAGCCGUUAAUGAAAAGGUCCUCAGUUUUUUACUUGGUAUUACUAGUAGUGUCAGUCUUGUCCUCCGCCUUUGUCUAUAUUCAUGUUGUGCCUGAUAGCCUGCCUAUUUUUCGUUCCUCUUCUUUGCAGGAAAAAGGCAAAGUUACUUUUGAAGAGUUCUCUUUAGAUGCCGAACGGCGAGCUCACGGAAUGAGGUGGUUUUCUGCGACGUAUAAACUUCAUACAAAACCUGUUUUGUUUUGUUAGAGAAUCUUGCCCUGUUACUGUCAAACUUUUUGGGGAAACAUGCGUUUGCUAAGUUGUUUUGCUUUAUGCUCUUUUUCAUUUCGUUUCUUUUUUUCUUUUUUUUUUUUUUCCUUUUUGAGGAUUUCUGUGCGCUUUUUUGUGUGAACUACAUUAAGUAUAAUCCAACUUUACUGAGGUUUCUGCAACGAUGUUGUUAUGUUGUGUUUUAUUCUCAAAUACCUCCUUCUAAACUUCUCUAGAGAUGGAAAAAGCAACAAGGAGCCUACGAACUGGAGCAGACUUCCCGGUCAGGUAAUCUACCUGCUUUCUUUUUAUAUAAGAAUGUUGCCUUUCGGGCCCAGGCGGAAGAUUCUUAUUAUUCUGUUAUGAGGUAGUUACCUUUAGUUUUGUUUUUCAGUUUUGCUAUUUUUAAGAUUUUGCUAGCUUCGUGAUAAACAGUUUAUAGUCUUUUAUAGACUUAGAAACUUAAAGAUUCAAUGUUUGAAGUGGGCUUGUUUGGGAAGUACAGCUGACCUUGAGUUUUACCCACAGUCAGGUUCCUGUUUUGUAUGUUUUGUCCUUCUGGGUAGUUUCACUGUUAGCAUUUAACUGGUUCUUUGGUCCUUGUCGGUUGCGGCUGUGUAGGCUUAUCUUACUAUAGCAAAUCCGUUGAGGUAUAGGCGAUAAGGUAUUUAAUAGAAACUCUUCCGGUCAACUAACUCAAAAUAAGUCUAAAAUUUGGUCAUUUAAUUCGCUGUGUAACCUAGUAGAAUUAGUUGAGUAGGAGAGUUGUUGUCAGUAGCUGUUGAAGAAUAAACUUCCAUCUUAAAGAGAACGAACAGAGUCUUGGUCCUCUCGUUAAAAAGCCAAGCGAGCUUCACAGGCCCUCAACAAGCCCUCUACCGUUUCUAGGCUGAAAAUAUUCUUGUAUUAUUCUUCAUUUCUUUUGUGCUGUAUUUACGGUACAGAUGUAUUACAUGUACCGUUCAUCGAACAAUCAUUAGCAUUGAACAUUUGGUUAAAGCUGGUGCAGGUUUUUCCAAUUUGUUUGCUAGUUUUGCCGUUCAGAGAAAGGAAUAAUUUUAUACGGUUAAGUUUAAAACGGAUGAUUGUACACAAGUAUUGUAGUUACAGAUUUUCAACGGACAAAAUAAUAUCCCUUUCAAAAUCUCAGCCUUGGGUUUAUUCUUAAAAUAAUUCGCAAAUUGAUUCUUAUAAAAAGAAAAGAGGCUUAAAAUAACGGCCGGUCAAGAUGUUGACCAUUUGUCUGUACAAACGUUCGGUUUGCCGGUCGUUUUGACUGGACACGUAAAUAAGUGACCAGAAAAAAUAAUGCUUUUUCAGACCAUUACAUUUCAAGAGCACGAGCAACCUUUUUCACUUAUGUUGUUGCUCGUUAAGCUAGUAAAUUCAAGUUGCUGUCGUGUUAUUUUUAACAAUUGGAACGGUCAGAAGAGGGACAUGACCGAGCUAAAAUUUCUUUGGUCGGUCAACACGAAGACCGGCAAAGAGUCCUGUUUUUUUGCGGGCGCAAUAGUUAUCUAGUAUAGUGUAGACACAUAACCAGAAUAAAAGCUAAUCACAGACGUUAGUAAGCGCUGACAAGCCUGAAUGAACCAUUUAGCUUUGAGCGCGGCAAAACCCCUCUCUGCAGCGCGUGUAGAACCUCAUAACCAAGUUAAUUGAUUGUGCGUUGCUCAGAACGUUUCACUUGGGAAAAAUUAACAAAAAAGACAGCCAAUCACGUAGCAUAGGCUACUGAACCCAAAGCAAUCGCGUUUGAUAUUCCAUUCAAAACUGCUUUGAUGAUUGUCUUUUUAUUACCAGAGAUGUUUUUGUACAAUUACUUGAUAUAUUCUUCCUGAACCUUGUUUUCUCUCUCAUUGCGUGAAGUACAGAGGUUCUUCCAGACCUCUGUUUCCAUGGCCUAAAUAAGCAAUCGCUUUUUUUGUUUUUAGGGGAAGGGGUAUUGUUUGUGUUGAUUCAUCUUUUGUUUCGUUCUUCAAUCACAGACCAUAUCUGGAGAACUACUGACCUCCUCAUUACUCAUCUUUUACAGGUUAAUCGCAUUCCAAACAAGCAAAAGGCGUCCCUUUUAUCAGGCAAAAGAGGCUGCUUCAUUCUGAAGUUCUCUCACAAUGGCAGGUAUAAUCACAGGCGGAACCGAGAGAGUGUUAUAUUUCUUGCCUAGCUUCUAAGCCUCAUUUUUCUGCGCGGCCUUUGCGUUUCGGGUGACGUUGACCAAGCGAGUUUUUGGCUGUUUGUCUCGGAUACGUCACCGAAAUGAUUUGACCGAGAAGGGCUGGGAAGACUCCGUAAAGGGACUAGGCAAUUUUGUUUCCAUAGCAUGCUGAAGUAUUUAUGGAGAAAUAAAUGACUGUAAGAGGGUAGCCUGCGUAGCAAGCCUUUCCGAUCGAGUUAUUGCGCGAAAGUUGCAGCUCAGCUCCCUCGACGAACUCGUGCGGAAACGCUUGCUACGUAGGCUAGUGAGAAGGAUAAUAUGGUGUUCUAAGUAAAAUAUGUUGAAAUGCAGCUUAGUCUCGGUUUUUUUCUCUUCCCGAUCAUCCGGGUUGUUCUUUUUUUUGUGACUCAGACUUCAUGAAUACACGCGCGAGAAAGGAGAAACGAGCGAAGAGAGAAUUACGGUUUUCAGUUUUGAUUUUCAUUUAAUUGCCAAGAUGGACCACAUCUACUUUACGGUAGAUAAUGCUUAUAAAUGCCUUCUUAACAUCUUCCGUGAGACGUGAAAGAAUAAUGAUACUCCUGGGCCCAGGCCAAACGUCAAACUUUUCAAAAGACGAACCAAACUCGAGUUUGGGUCGACCUAAGUUAAGUUAAGAUCGUCUGUUGGGACCUGCGUCGAACUUAGGACACGUCGUACCAAUAAACUGAAUCGUACCACAAAGCAAUUUAAUAAAUUUUCUCUAUAGAACAAGGCUAAAAAUAUACAUUAUCAUACAAAUUUUUAAUUUAUUAGUUUAGUUCGUCGCAUGUGAAGAUCGACGUUUGUCCUGGACUCGAUCUUCAGACGUUCUAUCCUUCUGAAGGAGGCGGAUAGAACGUGUUGGACGAUCCAAACUCACGUCAAACUUAUCAUUAACUUAACUCACUAAGUUUGGUUCGUCUCAUGAAAAGUUCGACGUUUGGCCCAGCCCUAAGUGAUUUUGAGAGAGAGAGUCCCACCACCUUUAUGGUCGUGAAGGUAGUUACUUUCUAACCAAACGACGCUAAAUGCUUCAGCAAUUUAUUCGGAUGUCAAAAUAAGCAUUACAUUCAGAGCUGCACUACUGGUAGCCUCCCACUCAGGCGUUUUUAGGGGAGCUCGUAUUUCUUCCCUCCCCACAAACGCCUGCUCAACCCAGAACAACAUUCCUUUCCCAUUGUUAUAUUCGCGUGGUAAGUGACCAAUCAACGGUUUUUAAAUGAAGUGUUAACAGGCUAAACAUGACUCAUAAGCUCAUGAUAGUGAAAAAACGUGACCCUACAGUUACCGUUUUCCUUCUUUUCUUUACUUCGCCAAGGUUAUGCAGUGCACGGAGAAUUCUAAAGUCAAACUGACAUUUAUUAGAGGUCAUGAAGGUUUCUCAACGUUUCAUGCAGAUCGCGUAAUUAUCGGGUUACCCUGCGGUCAAGGUAAACUUUCCAGAAUUUGGAAAGUACAACGUGAUUGGCUAACCGUGGGAAAGGAAUGUUGUCCUCGGUUGAGCAGCCGUUUGUGGGGAGGGACGAAAUACGAGCUCCCCUAAAAACGCCUGCGUUGGAGGCUACACUACGGGGAGAGGAGGAGGUUAUUUAGGAACUCAUCUCCCUUUACAACGAAGCAGAAGUUGCACUACAGGGGGUUAAAUACAAUCGGAAAAUGCCUAUGAACACUUGCAACAAGGAAUCAAUGGGAAUGCAGAGGAAGAGUUCGUGUGAAGGACCUAAUUUAGUGAUACACGUCCGUAAACGAUUUCUCUUGCUUUUUUAGAUACCUAGCUUGUGGUUGUGCGGAUUUGGAUAGUUUCCCUAUUCUUGUUUAUGAGGUAGGCUACUUCGUUUUCAGUGGUUGACACGGUGUAAUAUUCGUGUGGAAAUGUCAGAUAAACAUGUCAAAGAGAGAGACAUAAAAGUCUAUAACGCAUCAAUUCUGAUAAAUUGAGCACAUUCGCACAGUAGGUUUUUAUGUUCUAAUGAAAAAUUAAGCUACAUUUUUGUCAUUAAUUUUUUUAUAUUUCCCUGUACGUGUCUCUGAAAAUGUAUCUCUCAAAAGCUCUGUCAAGGGAUGAAGUAUCAUAAAGUAUGUAUGUAUGAAACACGGCUACAGAAUUUGCUCGACCAGAAGUAGUUCAUGGUCAAUCAGAAACACGGAAACCAGUGAUUGAAAUCUCCGGUGUCUUUCUGGGGGUUUUUUGUUUGUUUGUUUGUUUAUGUAACUUUGCAACGAUAUCGCCGUCAUAACCUCCAAAUAAAAUCAUAGGCAGAAAUAUUCUCACCCUGAGUUGUGGUAUACGACAACAAAACAUGUUUUUGGCCAACUCCAAAAAGAGAAGGCCCCCUCUCCUAAAGUACAAUCAGUUUUGGGGAACAUUCAAGGACCGUAAAUAAUCUACUUGACGCCCCCCCCCCCCCCCCCCCCCCCCCCACCCCCAAACCUCCCCCACCUCUACACACCCCCCACCCUCCCUCCUCUCCCCCCACCCCCCUCCCACCCCACCCCCCCCCCACAACACAUCCAAACACUCCCCCGUCCCAACCAACACAACCACAGCAGCCACGCAAAACACCACACCGACCCCCCGCUCUCCACUAAACAAAAGGCAAAAAUUCUCCCCCCCGUGAUGUUGGUUAACCAAAAAAAAAACGUUUUUGGGCAAACCCAAAAAAAAAAGGCCCCCCCCCCCAAAAAGCAACACCUUUUUGGGAACACUCAAAGGCCCUAAAAAAUCCCCCUGUCCCCCCCCCCCCCCCCUCCCCCUCUAAAAUAUACGCCUCUUGUAUAAUAAACGCCCCCUUUACGAUGUCUCUCCGUCCGCCCCCUGUCUAAUAGAUGCCCCCAUGAAAGUUACUCCAAAAUACUAAGAAUCAGCAAAAGGAGGAAAGUCAUUCAAUUUGUCGAGUUCCUUGGUUGUUUAACAAGGGUUUGCGCAUUGCAUCUUGUUUAAUGUCAACAUCGAAGCUGAGAUUUGAAAUUGAUAGACUGGGUGUUGCUCUUUAGAUAAAAUUCCUUGAUAUUUUAACUGAAAGCAUAUUAGUUUUGUAGCUGUUGUCAAAAAAUUAAUGACAAUAAACGCCUUUCUAUUAAAAGCUCCAAAAUUGACAUAAACACCCCGGGCGUCUAUUAGAUCAUUUACGUUAUGUUGUAAUACUGGCAUUCUUUCUUUGUUCACACUUUGCAGGUUCCUUCGUACGAGACUCGUGCCUAUCUCCCAGGACAUUUCAGCAUCAUUUAUGACUUGUGCUGGUCUCCCGAUGAUGAAGAACUCUUGUCAGCUUCAUCUGAUGGAACAGUUAGGUAUGGAUCCUUCUUACCAUUCUCCUUUCAACACUAAGAGAGAGAUCACUGCCGCGUGUAGGUUGGUGAAGAGAACUUAUUCGUGUCAUUGAUUUGUUUGUUUCAGUUCUGAUCAUUUAACGCUUUGUAGUUGUUUACAUUCAUUCGCGCGCGUUCGCCAUUAUUUCCAAGGGGAAAAUAGGGCGGCAGGCGAUCAAAUCUACUGUGCGGUUCUCAGCAGCCCCUGUUUAUUGCUUAAUUUGGCUGAUGCAUCACCAAUUCCAUAUUCGGAUAGUUUCUCCGAACGGAGCCCUUUAAAGCGAAGACCACGGUAUAACGAAUGAGUUACAGUAAAAUGUAUAGAACAAGACUCCAGAUGUUUAGCGGUUUAACCUUCCGUUAUAGCGACCACAUUUUAGGGAGUUAAAGCAGCGACGCUUUUGAGCAACUCAAGUCAACCGGAAGUGGAAAUUUUGCACUCUUAGGCCAUGAGUUUGAACAAAUUUUCUAGCAGAUCGUCUAUAUCAGAGUAAAACCACUUGCCAGAGCAGGUUUGGUAGCAUCAAGGCAUAAAAUGGAAACGUACUCACUUCCGGUUGAAGUGCGUCGCUCAAAAAUUUUUUCUUAGUUCUCUGGUUCUUCGUUUCAUCGAGGUAUGUUACGCUGGAGAUGAGAUCUCAUACUGGAGAGUUAGCAGUUACCUUGGUCACGGAAGCAUAGCUGAAGAAACCUUGUAAAACAUUGUGUGCAUCACGUCUAGUUUUCCUUAUUGUUUUAAAUUAAUCCACAGAUCCUGGGACAUGAAGACGAUGAUGACGUCAUCCAUCAAGCUUUUCCCCCACCCCUGUUUUGUGUACGCUGCGCAAUAUCAUCCAGGCUCCCCUCAUAUCAUAGUAACUGGGGGCUAUGACCACUAUUUGAGGGUCUGGACUAAACUGAGUGAAGGCCUGAAUGGCAAGGUACGCUUCGGCAGUGAUAACUUGGUGAUAACUCUUAAAGCCAUCAACAGCAGUCAUGUACCUUAACCGCGAUACCUUAACCGUGAAACAAUGGGAAAUAAUGAUAAGCAAUGAUGUCUUGUUAUUUUCUGCCACCACUGAGGAAACACCUUACAAGCAGCUCCUACAUUACCAUCAACAGUGACGCGACAGAUUGUUCAUGAAUGGGUCACUGACAGGAAGCUGAAGGACGUUUUCAUGCAAGGCCCUGCCAAAUCUUGAUUUUCUCUUGAUUAGUGUAGUAUUUAAGUGUUCUUGUCUUAAUCAUAAUGGGAUUGAAAUCAUCUCGUUCGCAGUUCACAAGAGAUCUGAUAACGAGAUUAGGAUUCAGCUUCCAAUAUGAGAAAUGCUUGUUAGAGAAGGCCUGGUCCCAAAGGGGUUGUAAUUUAGUGCCGUUGUAAUAGAGUGAAGCCUUUAUCUUUCCUGAAAGUAAUAUGCCAUUCCUUGCAGCUUCUGAGAGAGAUUGAAGGACACAGUGGCUUCAUCAACAGCGUCUGUUUUGAUGAAGAAGGUAAGAGUUGUAUAGGGCGCACCGAAUUAUCUGUUUUUUGCUGACAACUGUCAUUAACUUUGUCUUUUGUCUUGACCUUAUAAAUAAAAUACGGGGGAAUCUCAUGAACGUAAAAUAAUGUGCUAUUUUUAGGGGGUCUAACCAGUUUUACAGGUUUUCUACUUAUUCUUAGGUCGAUGACUGUCUUACUUUUUAAUUGGUUGACUACAAACUUUAAAAGUAUUCAUUGGUUGAUUCAUGUUGUCGAAGGAAUAAGCGCUAACUCACCUGAGACUUAAAGUCACCGAUUUUGAUUUGAAAUUCCCCUCGCAUUUAAUUCAUGGCAUAAAGACAAAGGCUAUGACUUCAUCGGCGUUAAUGUAUAUUACCACAAAGUAAUGAGGUUCCUCUAAAGAACGGAUAAUUAGGUGCUACCUAUACUUCUAAGACUGUAAUACAACUUAAAAAUUGAUUUUAUUUUAAGCUAGUUGGUCAGUCCGUCUUAUUCGUCAUUCCCUACGACAUGAAUCAACGUGUGGUGAUGUCACAUUUUAGGAUUAUUGGUUGUCACUAUAGUCAAGAAUUGUCCCAAGCAUUUUGUCAGCUAUUUCUAUCGGUUCGCUGAAGUUUAUACGCAUCUUCGUUUAGAGUUACUGUUCAGCCAUAUUUUGGGCUGAUUCACCAGUAUCAUCCCUACUCUAACCCUCGGGCGAAUUUUUGCCAGAUUCGCCAUUUUCGCCAUAGCUGGCUGGUUUUCACUAGCUAUUUUCGUCAUAAUCGUCAUAAGCACUUUUGACAACCAAUUUGAAUAUUUGCCAAACCCAUGGCGAAUUUAAAUUUUUGCCAGCCCCCUGGCGAUUUUUCGCCAGAUUCGCCAUUUUCGCCAUUGCGUACAUUUUUCAACAUUAAUGCAUAAAUACGUAUACUUUGCCUUGCUUUGAAGGUGCUAAGAUGUUCACAGCGGACAGUAAGGGCCUUGUGAUUAUUUGGAAUUCAUUCAUUCAUCCUCAGAUGGAUACCAAGAGGAAAAGGAGAGGCACUGGAGGUAAAAUUUAAAAAACACCUUUUUUCAUCCCCUAAACUGGCUCCUUGUCUUCGCAAGGGCCUAUUUUGCGCUAUAAACCAUUCAUUUAUGCUGCUUCUGUACAAAAAAGAGCUCUGUCGUGUUGAGUGCUUUACUGGCCGACGUUAUCCCUUUUACGUCCUUAUUUCCUUUUCAUGCAACAGCCGUCCUUGAGAUGGCACAAACCAAUUAGAGUGGUUUUCGUUUGAGUGUCGUAAAACCAAAACCAAAGUAAUUACUCUGGCCAAUCACAUAGGACACAGACAAUACAUUGAACCAAUCAAAACUCGAAGUAAUUACAUGUGGCUGACGCAAUCGCGUCACAAUUGGCUUUGGUUUUACUUCUGAUUGGAUGAAAAGGUGGCGCGAAUCUUUUAAGCCAAUCGCAUCGUGUAGAAAGUGCAAAACCAAUUACUUUUCGACACUCAAAUGAAAACCGCUCUAGCCACCCCAUAAACCAGAGCUACAAAUAACAGUCGCUCAUCGGACGGUGGGCGACGAAAUUUAAACUGUAGCUGUCUUGAUGCUCGGACAAAGUAAAUGACUAACACCAUCAUUUUGUACAUGAAUGAAACCUUCUUUGAGCGCAGGACUGUGAGUUGUCGUUAUGGCACUCGGCGCCUAUGAUGGUCAAGUCUCGUUAAAAAUGUGUAAUGCAUCCUUGUUAGAUUCCGAUAACAUUUUUUUUAACCGACCAAAGUGGUGACUUGAGGCAGUCAUAUGUCCUUCCCAGAAAAAAAAAUUAUUUGUAUCUCUGAUAAAGGGGAGCAUGAGUAGUCGUAAAAGCUUUCGGUACGACAGGUGGCAAAUAUAUGACUCUGAUUAUAGAUGGAUAUCAUCGACCAUUCGUCGCUAAGGCCUGGGCCAAUCGUCGAACUUUUCAUGAGACGAACCAAACUUAGUUAAGUUCAUGACAAGUUCGAUGUCUGGCUCAGUUAAGUUCGCCUGAGUGAGUUUGGAUCGUCGAACACGUUCUGUCCGUCUGCUUCUGACGGAUAGAACGUCCGAAGAUCGUCUCCGGCACAAACGCCGAUCUUCACAUGCGAAAUUUGUUUGAUUAUGUAUAUAAAAUCGUUCGGGAGAAAAUCUUUACCGAUCUGAUUCAUUUGAUUGGUUCGACGCGUCCUAAGUUCGACGUCUGACCCAGCAGACCAUCUGAACUAAAUUUCGGUCGACCCAAAUUAGAGUUUGGUUCGUCUCAUGAAAAUUUCGACGUUUGACCUAGACCUAAACCAUUCCACCCUAACCAUCCCAGAAAUCACUGCGCCGAAAGCCUCUUCCCACUCUCCCUAUGAUUUAUGGAGCACCGAAUGUCAUGAAUGUCUUGACGUCGUCAGGGUACUCAGAAUUCUCUUUCGUUCGUUUUCUAUUGGUGUUGUUGUCUUUAAAAAUUGGGCAUAAACAGUUACGUCGAUUCAUUUACUUGUGCAACAGUUGGUUAAAAAACCUCUCUAGUUAGCUGGGAUGGUACUGUAAACUUUGAACAAUCAGUGUCAAUUUACAGUAAUAGUAUACAAUGCUAUUAGAAGUGUAGUUGCUUACUAAGGACGUCCGUGAAGAGGAAUACUUCUGCUACCCUUUCCGUAGUAAACUGUUCAUUAUUUGAUGUUUUUCCAGGUUAUGUAUAUGAUUGGACGUUGUUUAAGAAAGUAGCCAUUGAUGAGCUUCAGGUGUGUUCCGUUUCAAUCUUUUUUUUUCACCUAUGACAUAAAUCCAAAGAAGAUAAUUCUUAUUUAUAAUUGACCUUUGCUACCAGAAAACGUGUACCGAACAAAUUAACAGUUUUUUUUCGCGACAGGAAAUAUUCCUUGAAUGUAGUUGCGCAAAGCUUUGAUAGCGUUUAGAAUUUUGAAUCCGAAAACGGCCUCUCGGUCACUUCCAGGUGUAGUGUACAGAGGGAGUAUCUAGCCUUCCAGCCUUUUGAGUAACCCUUCUUAAAGGAUUGAUAACUGAUUCCUGUCUUUAUGAUUUAUAGGCCUAUGGUUAUGCUUCAUUCAUUGUACGCCGCCGAAACUGUUGUCCAACAGACCCUUCCACGAUUUUUUUUGUUUUGUUUAGUUUCAACUUUUACCAUGAACAAAAUGGAAAAUCCGUCGACACCAGUUGAAAGAGCGUCCUAAAAUUAGUAAAAUUGCCAAAUUUGAAAGUGAUACGUCUUAAGCGAGCGGAGAUAUAGCUCCGGAAAGUUGCGAACAUUUAUAGACGUUUGAAUGGUGGGGGGCACCACCACCACCACCACUACAAAAAAAAGUGUUUAAAAUUUCGCGUUUUUGAGUAGCUAUUUCGUCGUUAGUUUUCAACAAAUCACUUUCGAACUUUGCAAUUUUACUAAUUUUGAGGCUCUUUUUCCAGUGGUAUCGACGGAUUUUCCCUAACUUGUCCACGUCAAAAGUUGAAAAAAAAACUGUGGAAAGUUCUCUUUCCUUAUGUAGCCACUUACUUGACUUUCACUCGACAGGGUAAUGUGAUCAACUCUCUCACCCUUCAUCCCAAUGGACGUAAACUGUUGGUUCACGUACGUAACAGCGUGCUGUGCAUGCUGGACUUGAGAAGCUACACUGUCAUGCAACGGUAUCUUGGUGCUUCCAACUUCAAAGAACACAUCCGCAGCACUCUCACCGCAUGCGGCUGCUUUGUUAUCGCGGGCUCUGAGGAUGGUUAUGCAUACGUGUGGAAUACGGAAACAGGUCAGUGGAAUAGUCCAGUUUCGUGUUCGCUAAGACCGCUGAAUAAAAGAAUUGAAGACGCUUUUUUAACAGGGUUAGCCUUUAGCGAGAUGACUUGUUUAUCACUCUGACUAUUGGAUAUUUUAACAAAUACUUUUUGUCGAGGCUAAGUCUGUAGGAGUGCGUCGCCAAGCUUUUUAAUUCGAAAAAUGAAAACCCCACUUGUAAACACGUACCGCAUCUACCAUUCAAAUAAAAUUUAGUGGUUUUAUUUGAGGGUUUCGUAAAACCAAAGUACAGUUGAACGUCUGCACAAAGGCCACUUAGGGGACAGAAGAAAGAGACCGUUGCAAUGAGUUGGCCGUUGUAGAGAGGUUUUAAACAAGAGUCAAUGUAUAAACAGUCCGCUGGGACAAAAGGAAGUGGCAGUUGUGGAGAGGUGGCCGUCAUUAGAGGUUCCACUUAAGUCAAUAUUCUUAGUGUAUGGUCAAAGAAAUCAUUCUGAGGCUCAGCAAUGAAUAAUGCAUUUUUCUUUUGUUUUAUUCCCCCAAGCCUCGGAGCCAAGUAUGAAUUUCAAUAUAUCAAAAAUGAUCUAUUGUGACUUUGCGUGCUAUUUCAGGUGAUCUAGUUUCUGUGUAUACCUCACUCGGAUAUCAUCACGCGGUUUCCGAUGUACAGUUUCACCCGUUGGAUCACAUCAUAGCUUUUUGUUCCUUUGGGGAUUCACACCCUGUUCUUGUUUAUCAUUACGAUCCUAAAGGUAAAUAUUGUAUUUUGGUUGUCGCUUGCGUGAGGUGACUGAGAACAGCUGAGAACAGGGGGUGGAGUGGGAAGGCCGAUGAAUAAGAAGGAGAGACAGAGGGGAAACUACGGGGUAUGGAGGGGGGGUGGGUAACGAAGGACUUUACCUCGAAAAGGUAGUAAUGGCAAACAUUCGCACUAAUUAUUAAGAUGUUCGGGGAUCAAAAAACGUUUUCUACGGGUUCUCCCAUUGCUUAACAAGGACAUUACUAUUAGUAAAUUUACAACCAAAGGCAGUCGUAACGUGCCUGUUGUCCUCUGACGUCAUAGAUUUUCCAGUUUUGCCCGCUCAGCGACUUUGGAAGCAGUUUCAUUGUAAUAUGCGAUUGGGUAAUAUGACCUUAAUAAGCAAGUCCGAGCGCGGCUAUUAAAAAAGGGGUAAUGUAAUAUUGUGCAGUAUAACGUGUUUUAUCUGUUGUUGUUGUUUUUGUUGUUGGUUUUGUAGUUAUUGUUUUCUGCAAACCCGCCAGGAGCAAACCCUCUUCAGGAUCAUGUAAAUUUCUCUUCACCUUAAUCAUUCUUGAUAACGCCUAAGUUUAUUAAAUUCCUUUUCCAGCUGCUAAAGAAGAAGCUAAAAAAUUCAUGACUCCUCCAGCGACGCCAUCUAAACAAGCUACUACGUCACAGCAGAGCACAGCUACUCCAGAUGACGUCACCAGACACGUGCAAAUGGCUGACGUGGCCGGUGACGUUCUACGCAUGCGCAAAGUCAAGCAGAAACUCGACUCAGUGUUGGUAAGUUUGAAGGUUCCGUUUUUACUUAUAUAUACAGUGGAACCCUGUUAAUACAGACACUUAGGGGACAUAUCAUAGUGCUCCGUUUUAUCCGGGUGUCCGUAUUAAGUGGGUUCUUAGAAAACGACGUCACGGACACAUUUUUUAUCGAAAGAAAGACACAAAGGAGCAGUGACUGAAGCGAAAAGCUACGGCAGUGAAACUUGUGGGUGUGAUAGGAGGUAGAACACGUUAUUAAAGAACCACAGUGUGAAUGCAAACACCGGACUAAUCAAAAUCAGACAUGUCAUGCUAUUUUACUACUGUUUUUGAGUAAUGAAAUCCUAUUAACGCUAAGAAAUCGGUCAUUAGUUGAACAGGGUACAAAAAUGACAAAUAUCAUGAAAUUGCGCAGAUACCCCGUGUUCGUGAAGCAAGGUUGGCGAUGUACGAGAGUCUGUGACUCGGGACACAGAAAAGUCUUCAUUGACCGUAUUAACCCGUGUCCGUAUUAAGCAGGUUAAAUUUACAGAAAAGAAAUGAGCUUUUCGUUUGGACAAACGAAACUGUUCGUUAUAUACGGCUGUCAAUAUGGCGGGGUUGUAUAAAUAAAUGGACAUGCACAUGUUAUGUUUAAGAGAGAGAGACCUUUCUUUAUUUUCAUCAGGGACGGUAGUCCAUUCAGAAGCUUGAGAAAUGCUAUCAGUUGCGGCCCUUUCUGUCCCUGUAGCUUUUAAGUCCUGUAAUAAAAACAUUGGCUCACAUCAAUUGAGUUCUUAAAGUCAACUCAUCACCGUAGAAAGAUUCAAAUCUUACUUUUCGAGCACUAGCUCUUCGUCAGAGGGAAGUUUGACUGUUUCCAUCGAUGCAGCAUCACAUUUUCUUUUGAAACCGACUCUUUCCUAACUCGUCGAGAAACAUCCAGACGGCUUUCUUCGUUAUUUUACAAUAAUACAGGCUUUUGACAAUGUUUUGCUUCCCGCCUGGUCACAACAGACAGGAGUGUGACAACGCGUCAUAUUUGCAUAUGUCUUGUUAUUCGUACUUUCAUAUGUCGUUUAACAAUGUAUCUCUAGGAAACACCAUCAUCACCAAACUACAUGGAUACGGCAAUGAUGAGAACCCCAGGGGCCGAUAGCCGGAUGUUCCAGACCCCAGGGAGACCCGAUAGUGCUGCAUACCCAGGUUCCACACAGACCUCAAAGAGGCCUGGUAGCGUUACUUUCCAGUUUCCAGAAAGCACCGGCAGAACAUUCCGUCAGGGCAUGGGCACUAACGUGAGCCUUUCAACCUGGGGUUCAGACUUCUCUCCGGCAGGGUAUACCCCGUACGGGGCAACAGCACAUGGCCCCACGCCAGCACAGGUUAGUCGCGGAAGAGGGUCGAUUCGGUGUAGAACUUAAAGAGAAAAUUGUUUGAUAAGUAAACAAGUCGAAAGAGACGAGCAUUCUCUCUCCCAGUACAAAACAGACUCACCCUUAACAGCGAAGAGGAGCCUUUGAUGCCUAGUUUUUUUUUAAGCUGCGAUCCAUUUUCAUCCUGGUUAUCAACAGCCAAAGACACGCACUCUUACUUAAAAGACCAAGUAGUAGAGUAAUUGUAAACAAAACAAAACUAUUAUCUUUGAUUUUCAGGGCUGUCAUUAAGAUUUUGAGUUGCUGUUUUCUCAAGGAAAGUGUGGGUCAUUGAUCUCCCAAAUCCUCCUAUAUUUGUUAUGUUUCCUAUAUUUGUUAUGUUUCAAACUUAGAGUAGCCGGUUGAUUUUACUGCGUGGCGGUAUAUUAAGCCGGCUGCUGACUACAAAUGACAGCCCUGGGAUUUCUACUGUGAUUCCAAUGUGCUUUUACGGUUUAGAGCGAUACCAACUUAGCUGUCGAAGUUGAGUUGCUUUUUUUUUCUUGUGAAUUUUAGCUUGCCUAUGAUCCUCCUCUGUCUCCUCAUGCGCAGCAGCACCUGGGGGCGUCUGGUCGUUUUGAGUCGUUAAAGUUGUUUUCUCAGAACAGAAGAUAUGGCAGUCCGCAGCAGCCAGACUUAAAUGGACCGCUGCCUUACCAAACACCUGGUAAGAGGCUGAUUAUGAUUUGAAUGUCUUUAGUCAUGAUGAACUUGUUUCUAAGAGCAUGAAAGAAUUGCUCAGUUUUGAGAAACAAUAGGGCCAUUUAUACGAGGAAAAAUAAGACGCGAACUGUACUAUUUAUACGAGCAUGUCUUAUCUAAUAAGACGCGUCUUAGCUAAGCCGCGUCUUAUUUUAGACGAAAUGUGCCGUUUAUACAGAAAGUUCGCGUCUUAUGUAAGACGCGUCUUAUUUUUCGUCGUAUAAAUGGCCCUAAUAAGUACGACCCAAAAGUAAUGAAAGGCAAUAUUCAUUUUUAGGGGGUAAAAUUCCGUCCGGUACAAAAAUUUGUUUAAAGUUAAAACUCUAAACUACAUUUUUGCUAUUCAUAAUUACAACAUUGAAAUUGUUUAACUAUAUUAAAAACCUGUUUUUUAUUAAUGUCGUGCCUUAAAUUAGUCAGAGAUUCUGCUUGCCUUAAAGUUUGAGGAAGACUUUUCCAAAGAGCUGCACCACUAUAGCGAACACUACCACGAAGGUAGUUUAUGCCUGGCUGUGUAAUAGUCAGUUUAUUUAUAGAAUCUCGAAAAGUGUAUGGAGUAGUAGGUCUUAAAACUGACUGAUUGACUAGUCCAAACGUCCAGGCUACGGUGACUUCAAAGGCUUAACGCAAUUUAGGAGGAGCCCCCUUUUCUUCUCCUCGAGGUGGUUUUGUUCAUAGGGUGUCCCCAUCCCUUUUCCAUGUUGUUUAAGUCAUUAAAAAGUGAAAUCAAAUCCCAACAUUGAACAGGGCAAUGGGGUAUUUCAACGAUUGUAGCUGGUGAGCGGCCCAGUCUUUGAUCCUAUAAAUCCCUACUGAGACAGCUUACCGGCAUAAGCGUGUGACAGGAGAAAACUUGUAUCUUAUCUUUACUCAGUGCAAAGUUAAUGUCACUUACGCCUUAUUUGCUAGCAUUUUAUUUUAAAAAUGUGCAAGUUUCUUUUUCUGUGGCCUCUUAUGUGUGCCUGACUGCCUUCUGAGGAAUUGAAAACUUCAGCUGCAUGUAACUUUUUCCUUUUUUUUUCCUAGUUGGAAUGUCGUGGAUGAAGAGACCUUCGUUGAGUCUUAACGUGGGCGAAACUCCUGGAUCCUUGGUUUGUUUCUUGUUUUGUUGUUUUGCUGCUGUUCCGUUCAAUAUUAGUUCUUACAUAUGAUUUUCAAAAAUUCAUUAUUUCAUCGUCAUCCUUUCAAGAGUUUAUAACGAACCAACUCAAAGACCUGCUCCCAGUUUGCUUGAUGGCUUAAUUAUAUAGCACUGAACAGUCAAAGGUAUAUCGCAGAGGUGAAAGGUUAGAAUCCCUUACAAUUCUGAUUUUUUCAGGCAUUCUUUUCGUAACUGAAAAAGUUGCGUCUAUAAUUGCGAUGAUCUUCUUUUAUUUAGGGUGCAACUUGUUAAACAAAAACACCAGUCGCUCGUCGUUUGUUGAGCAACAAAAGUUUAAACGCGUGUCAUUAGCUUUGGUACGAUGGGGCUGCGCUUUCUAUCGCCAAGCGAGAGCUCCGCUAGAAUCGGACAACGUGUUUGCAACUUGCGUAACAAGUGUACCCUUACUACUCGAUGAGGUUUGACUAAAUGGUUGAUGUUGUUUGUUUUGCAGAGUGUCUCGCAGCUUAACGCUGCUAAACCGAAAUUCACAUUCACGGAUUCUCCGGCGAGUCAUCUCCUGCAGCAAACUCCACAACCCAGGAAAAAGGUUCAGAACUACAGCUGUAGCAAAAUUGAUCUUCACUAGUUUUCCGCUGAGUGUUACAAAGAGUGAUUUUUAAACUGUCUCUUAAGGUUAUGAUGCAAAGAUGAAGAGAACACUCUUCGAUAGACUAAAAUAAUUAUGGCCAGUAGCCACAGCGGGGCUUUACCUUGCCGCUUCUUAGUAUUCUGAAAUAUUUAACGCUGAACACGUAGUGAAAAGACGUCAUCAUGCAGAUUGUCUAUGAUCAGUGUAGUCCCUAACCUUCAACCGCAUUGUAUCAGCUGAACUGUACGGCCAGAUGUUUUAGAACUCCAAUCAACAUAUUUCAAAGCCUUUUACAUUCUUCGAUAUGUUUAAAAAGCUGUUUAUGUCUUGGGAAGCUAGUAAGGAGUUUUGGAAUGACAGCUAUAUACCGGGUAAACAAGGUGUAUUUGUUCUUUACCUUUUCCAUAUAACAGGUUAUAGCUAUGUAUCCAUAUGACGCCAACAGAGCGGACGAGCUCACCAUUCAACCUGGUGACGUCAUCAGCGUGCUUUACAUCGAUAAUGAAAACUGGUGGAUGGGCGAAUUGGCUGACGGGAGACAGGGUUAUUUUCCAUCAAAUUAUGUGAUGGAACAAGGUGAGUCGUGCAUUUGUUGCUGCCAUUUGGCCACUCACAGAAAAUACAAGGAACCAAUCAAAACUGACCCAAAAAGGAAAACGUUGUCAAAUGUGGGAAAAGACGUAGCCUUUCUUUUCCUGGAACCGGUUUCUUGGUUAGAAACGGACGAUCCGCUUUUAAGCGGGGGAAAAUAACGUUCAAUUCCAGUUGAGAGUAACCAAGCAAUCGAUGUGGCGUCAUCUGUAAUGUAUAUUGCUGUUUAUUUCUGACGUUGUAUUCCUGUCUUUUGCAGAAGAUUUAGAGUCUGAAAGUGAUUUAAAGGAAACAACUGUACCGAGUACCAUGAGCGAUACAAAACGGGAACCAAAAGCCAACACUCAGGUCAGGAAGAAUCACAGGCAAUAGGUCAUUUCCGAGUUGCUCUAAGCCUCUGUUUUAAAGCGAGGCUAAAUGCGAAAUGAUUUAUGAAAUUUUUCUCACAAGAAAGGUUUUGCACUUAGCCUCGUUUUGAAAGUGAGAGUUUUUGGAACUCGGAUUGGUGUAUUAUAAUGAUUGGUGGGGGAAGGAGUGGAAAAUUAACUGUCAGUGGAACCUCGAUGUAACGAAUGUAAAGAAACUCCUUCGUUGUACCGAGAACGUCUUUAUAUAAAGGCUCUUUAGAUCGAGGUUCCACUGUAUAUUCUUUAAUUUUUACUUUAUAUCUUUUCUCUUCGCAGAUGACGGCGGUAAUUAGCAAGUCUGGUGAUUUAAAGAUCGUAUCAGGACCUGAGGACAGCAGUGACGCGGAAAGUAAACUUAACUCAACGUAAGCAUUACAACGUUCGAACUGAACGAUACAAAAUCUGUUUGGAAAUUUUGUCAUGAUUAUAUCAUUCCAUUUGUAAUAAUGUGAAGUUGCGUGGAACAAUUUAAAGGAUGAAUUAUUGGUCACUUCUAUGUUCCUGGUAGCAUGUUAGAAGCGCCCGUUCACACCAACGAUUGAACAUGCUUAAAACCUGUCUGGUUCAGCAUGGUUUUAAAUCAUUUUGCUUACAAACACUUCUUAAUUAGGUUUGCUGAAAGUAAUGGCAGUGAAACAUCAAGUGGUUUUUAGUUUUUGACUUGACACCAAUUUGUAAUGUUUAGCAAUCUGCUAGGACAAAAUUUUGUUAAGGGACAAAAACAUUUUUAGUUGGGGUGAAUGACGCAUGUCUCCCUUACGGACAUAUGUCUCCAACUAUCAUUGGCUGAUAAGAAAUCACGUGGCUUUGGCAAAUUCAAAUGUUUCCCGUGCGGGAAAAAAUUCAGUGAUGUUAACCACGCGAGGUAAAAAGCAUGAAAUUUGCUCUUUGUGUUUGUUCUUUUUAUGAGGUUGUAUAAUGAAAUUGGUCCUCUCUGGAAACGGCUUUCCUAUUCCUCACAAAAACGUCGGGACACGGGACUAUUAUAAUAAGUACAUGGUCCUUUAAUGUCUGUACUACUGCAUCAUCAAGCGAUUGUUCGCAAAGAAUGUAUUCGAACUGUAGUUGACAAAAGUCUUAUUUGUUCUCACUACUUUCUCCUUGUUGUAGGGCGCGCCACAGACGAAGACAUCGGGAAAAAGAAAAACAACAAAGAUCUGAAGAAACCCCUGUGAAAAAGGCGUCGCCUAGGAGAGCCAAAAAGAGAUAGCAUUUACUUGCCCAUAAAUUUCUAAUCGUCUUUGUUCCCAAAUUGGCCCUCUGCACGAAACGGUCACAUGGAACAAAAACACCUUCCUGGAUGGCUUACAACAGAGUGGGGCAAACAUAAAACCGAUAUGAAAUCAUUCAAAAAGCUAAUACGGUUGAAUCUCUCCAUAAUGGCCGCCUUGAGGACAGUAGAAAGUGGCGGUUGUGGAGAGAUUUAAACAAGAGUCAGUGUAUG